AUGGGAAAUUGUUUCACUAUAGAUGAUGAUAAGAGAAACAAGAAGAGUGGUUCUACGUCAAAAGUAAAAAAGAUUAAGAGAGACAGUUCUAGUGCUUACAAAAGCGAUGAUUAUUUUAUUAUGACUUCUGCUAUGGCUGCUGGAAAUAAUGGAGGGGGCGGUGACGGAGGAGGAGGACAUGGUGGAGGUCAAUGUUGCGGAGGACAUGGAGGGCAUCAUGGUGGCGGAUGUGGAGGUGGAGGGCAUCAUGGGGGCGGAUGCGGAGGUGGUGAUGGAUGCGGAGGGGGCGGCGGAUGUGGUGGCGGCGGUGGAUGUGGUGGUGGCGGAGGGUGUGGAGUGAAUAUUACUACUCUUCUCUAA